AUGGUUUCCAUUGACCAUGUCGCUCACAAAAUACUGACUUACAUUCCGUAUGUUUUUGUUUUGAUGGACAUGAGAUAUGAAGGGGUGAAAUGCGGUAAAGACGGGAGUGUGGACAAUCACAUGGAGAUGGGGAAGAAGCUGCUCGCUGCUGGUCAGCUGGCAGAUGCCCUGUCUCAUUUCCACGCUGCUGUGGAUGGAGAUCCCAAGAACUACAUGGCAUACUACAGGAGAGCCACAGUGUUUCUGGCUAUGGGGAAGUCGAAGUCUGCACUCCCAGACCUCAGCAAAGUGAUUGAACUGAAGCCAGACUUCACAUCUGCACGGCUUCAGAGAGGAAACCUGCUUCUGAAGCAGGGAAGGCUGGAUGAGGCAGAAAGUGACUUCAAAAAGGUGCUGAAGUCCAACCCCAGCGACAAGGAGCAGAGCGAAGCCCACAGUCAGCUGACCAAGUCAGACGAGCUCCAGCGGCUGGUGGCUCAAUCCCGCAGCAGCUUUAAGAGCAAAGAUUAUGCAAGAGCUACUGCCCAGCUCGACACCAUCAUCGAGACCUGCGUCUGGGACGUGGUGUCUCGCGAAAUGCGAGCCGAGUGUUUUAUCGAACUGGGAGAGAUGGGGAAGGCCAUCAGCGAUCUUAAAGCGGCGUCCAAGUUAAGAAAUGACAAUACCCAGGCCUUCUACAAGCUCAGCACCAUCUACUAUAACCUCGGAGACCAUGAGAUGUCCCUCAACGAGGUGCGCGAGUGCCUGAAGCUGGAUCCUGAUCACAAGCAGUGUUACAGUCAUUACAAGCAGGUCAAGAAGCUCAACAAACAGAUUCAGUCUGCGGAGGAACUCAUACAGGAGCAGAGGUAUGAAGACGCAGUCAGUAAAUACGAGCAGGUGAUGAAGACUGAGCCCAAUGUCCCGCAGUUCUCACUGCUCGCCAAAGAACGGAUCUGCCACGCGCUAACUCAGGGCCAGCAGGCGGACAGAGCCAUAUCGGUGUGCAGCGAGGUCCUCCAGUCAAACCCAGAGAAUGUUAACGUGUUGAAGGACAGAGCAGAGGCUUACAUCCAGGAUGAACAGUACGAGGAAGCUAUCAAAGACUACGACGCGGCGGCGAAGCACAGUGAAAAUGACCGUCAGAUCAAAGAGGGCCGGGAGAAAGCUCAGCGACUCCUCAAACAGUCUCAGAAGAGGGAUUAUUACAAAAUCCUGGGCGUGAAAAGGACUGCCCAGAAGAAGGAGAUCAUCAAAGCCUACAGGAAGCUGGCGCAGCAGUGGCAUCCGGACAACUUCCAGGAUCCCGAGGAGAAGAAGAAAGCGGAGAAGAAGUUCAUAGACAUCGCUCAGGCUAAAGAGGUCCUCACCGAUCCAGAGAUGAGAACCAAGUUCGACCACGGCGAAGACCCCAUGGACCCCGAGAGCCAGCAGGGCGGCCACCACCACCAGCACUUCCACAGAGGUUUCCAGGGCUUCCAGGGCUUCAACCCGUUCGGCUCCGGGCCUUUUAACUUCAAAUUCAACUUCAACUGAAGAAGAAGUGCUUCUUCUUUUUUUUUUUUUUUUUUUUCUUUUCUUAAACUGGCGGAGCUGUGGCACAUUUUUAUCCUUCCUCUCUGUGGGAAAAGGGAGAUGACUGAACAUCAUUUCACAGCCGUCUCACAGACAUGGGGACUAAAAAUUCAGUGACUUCAAUUAAAAAAAAAAAUGCACCCUGUUGUUAAAUAAAACAACUCCGAGUCUCACAGGUGGAACUUUAAACCAGCAAAGACGUUAAAUCCAACACAUCACCUUCGUGUGUGUUUCCGCUCUGGGGUCCCAAUCCAUUCACACCAGUCGGUUUAUACAGAGGAACAGGACUAUUUUUAUAUGAAUGGAAAAUUUCUGAACUGUAAAUAAAGAGCUAUUUAUGUACAAUCAACGGAUCUCAUGUAAUUCCCAUACGAGCACACAUUUAAGGUGUUUAUGAUAACGGAGGUA